CUACGUCUCCAGUCAGUGCUAAAAUUCCAGUCACUACUGAAGAAUUGUUCCGCUAGUGCUCACGAUGCAGUGCGUCUACAUUGCUGUGUUCUGCAUCCUGGCGCUCUCCAUCCCAGCAGGAACCGGACUGAGGUGUUGGAGCUGUUCUUCGAGUGUAGAUCGCCACUGCGGGGAUCCGUUCAACAGUACAUUCUUCCAUAUGAGUGACUGCGACAAUCACCAGUCCCCCCAUCCAUACAGUCAGCGCUCCGCCCCUGUCUGCAAGAAGUCGAAACAGACGGCUAAUGGACAUGAGAUGAUCAUACGGUCCUGUGAGUAUAAUAGGGAAAAUCCAUGUCUCCCUUCGUCUGGGCAUUCAUCCAUAAGGGAAGUGUUCUGCGAAACGUGUACCGUUGAUGGCUGCAAUAGUGCUCACAGACUCACAUCAGUCACACUGACGGCCCUCCUGCCGUCUGCUUUGUGGACACUUGCUGCUAAGUUUCUCUGAAUUUCCCUAUACUACAAUUGGAAGUUAAGAAAAUAUUAUGACAUAUAAAUAUUAUAAGAGAAAAAAACUUCUGUUAUACUACAAGUGACUCUUUAAAACUGUCAAUUUUUAGAAAAAAGUCAAACCAAACUACAUAGUCGACUAAUAGUACGCAGUAUCAAAUUAUGAGCAAAAUUUAGCAAAGAAAAUGAUAAUAUAAUUUUUAUUCCGUAAAUUUAUGACGUGAUUGAACUAUAUAAAUUCACGGAAUCCUUGAUACAAAGAUUUAUUUUAAUUUUUAUGGCACCUUCUUUGUAAAAUCGCAUUUCGAUCAAACAGAAUUUAAGGUGUAUAUUAUCCUAUUAAAUCACUCUUCAAACCGAAAGAUGCACAUACCCUUUGAGAAGCAUGAGGUACGUGCUGUUGGACGUGGGACACCACUCCUUGAGGAUGCUGUUUCUUCGCCGCUUAGAUUGCAUAUGGCAAAAUCUAAAGCAUAUUUCUCAUAGAAAUGUGCUCUGUGAUAACAGAAGUCCAGAUGUUGGUAGGGAAGCAAUAAGGAUAAACGAAAUGAAAUUAUAAAUGCAGAGUUGAAGUCUCUGACGACAUUUGAAAGAAGCAAUGGUACGUCAAGAUACCACGGGCCACUAUUCGGGAGACACUCUGUGAAGGGAACAGACACUUUACCUAGAUACGUUCCAGAAAAUUUUCAUAGAUUAACCAUGUUCUUGUCGAAGAAGAUUAAAUUCCAAUCGUACACAUUACUGAUCUGACCAUAUUUUGUCUACUUCUAACUCCAAUUAAGUUGUACAAUGUCAUAACACGUUAAUUAUUUUAAGUAGAGUAUUUUUGCAAAAGUUAUUAAUCUCACCGUAGAAAUGUAACUGUAAAUUAAACUAAAGUACCGUUAAUAGUUAACGUAGUACAAGUCAUCGAAUUUUUCAAAGAAGUUAUAACAACUUCAUUUAUAUCAUGUGUCCGUCCAUUUGUAGGUGUUAGAAAAUGCUUUUUGAACACUUUCUCUUAAUAUUACUGAUUGUGUAGUUAAGUAUUCUGUAUUAUAGUUGAAAAAAUGUAAUAUAAAGAAAACUAUGUAAUUAUUCUAAUAAAACACACUCAAUUUUAUUCUGCCUACCA